AUGUCUGCCGUCAAAUCCAAAGUCGAAGAAAUCAUUGCCAAUAACAAGGUCGCUGUUUUCAGCAAAUCCUACUGCCCUUACUGCCGCCGCGCAAAGGAAGCCCUCAAGUCCAUCACCUCUGAGUUCUUCGUCAUUGAGCUCGAUGAAGCCGAUGAUGGCGCCGCUAUCCAAGAUUAUCUCCAGCAAAAGACCGGUCAAAGAACCGUUCCCAAUAUCUUUAUUAACCAGAAGCACGUUGGUGGUUGCGACGACUUGCUUUCCCUCAAGUCCAGCGGUGAACUCCAGAAGCUCCUUGCCUAA